UGUAUUUUUUGUUCCGCGGCAACGAAAUAAAGGUGCUUCCGUCCCCUGUUUGGAAUCAGCCAGUUUCGUCGCCGAUCCUCGCUAUAUUCGGCCCCUUUCGCGGCCUUAUUCGUCGCCUGGGUUGGGGGGAGUGGAAAGGAGCCACCUUUUGGAGUUCUUCGUCGGAUUUGAGUCAUGGAUAUUUGAUUUGGAUGCGGAACUGGUCGGAAUCGGUGGCAAAGGUAGGAGUUUGGGGAUCCAGAGGAGGCUUGGGAUGUGGUGUCUGGAGCUGGCUGAACGAAUCUGAAGGGUUUGUGGGUGUUGCUGGGGUGGGCGCUGGGUUUGAAUCGAUCGAGAUAUGCGGCGGAGGGCGCCCGAGUUCCGGCGCCCGGCAAGGAGGAGGCUUUCGGAUUGGAUCUGGUGGCUUCUGGGGAUCUUUGUCAUCGCAGGGUUGAUGCUUUUUGUCGUCCACCAUCAUCAGCAGGACAGAUUUGGGCUGCCGAUCCGGGAUGAGGGUCCGGUGACCGAACAUAUCUCUCAUGGAAGUUUAAAUCUCACACAAGAACUUUUAAGUAGUACUUCUUUUGCUAGACAAUUAUCUGAUCAAAUGACACUUGCCAAGGCUUACAUAGUCAUCGCAAAAGAGCAUAUCGACCUGCAGCUUGCUUGGGAGCUUAGCUCACAGAUCAGAAAGUGCCAACGGUUGCUCUCUCAAGCAGCUGUGAGAGGGAAACCGAUCACCCAAGAAGAAGCCCAUCCUGUAGUUAGCCGCCUUGCACAGCUGAUAUACAAGGCCCAAGACUUGCAUUAUGACAUCAGCACAACGAUAACCACAUUGAAGAACCAUGCUCGUGCCCUCGAAGAGCGUGCAAAUGCAGCGAUAGUGCAGAGUGCAGAAUUUGGUCAAUUGGCCGCUGAAGCCAUGCCUAGAAGUCUCCACUGUUUGAACAUAAAACUGACAGAAGCAUGGUUUAAAGAUCCUAUGCUUAGAAGACUCGCAGAUGAGCAUAGGAACUCACCUCGUCUCGUGGACAACAACUUAUACCAUUUCUGUAUAUUCUCUGAUAAUGUGCUUUCAACUUCAGUGGUCGUGAAUUCCACUGUUUCCAAUGCUGAGCACCCACAACAACUUGUGUUUCAUGUGGUCACCAAUGAGGUCAACUACCGGGCCAUGGUGACCUGGUUCCUCAGGAAUGACUUUAAAGGGUGUACAAUAGAAGUUCGAAGAAUAGAAGAGUUCUCUUGGUUGAAUGCCUCAUACUCCCCACUGGUCAAACAGUUGUCGGAUGCAAGAACCCAGGCUAAUUACUUCACCGGCGCUUCAGUAGAUCAGAAUGGGGAAACAAAGUUCAGGAACUCAAAAUUUGCUUCGUUGUUGAACCACUUGCGCUUCUAUAUCCCACAAAUACACCCACUUUUGGAGAAGGUGGUGUUUCUUGAUGAUGAUGUCGUGGUGCAGAAGGAUCUAACGCCUCUAUUUUCAGUGGAACUGCAUGGGAAUGUAAUUGGAGCUGUGGAGACCUGCCUUGAGUCAUUCCAUCGGUUCUACAAAUAUCUCAAUUUCUCCAAUUCACUGAUCAGCUCAAAAUUUGAUCCUCAAGCAUGUGGAUGGGCAUUUGGGAUGAACAUAUUUGAUCUGAUAGCAUGGAAGAAAGCAAACGUGACUGCAAAAUAUCACUACUGGCAGGAGCAGAAUGCUGACCAGAUGCUCUGGAAGACGGGCAUACUUCCUCCUGGCCUUCUUGCAUUUUAUGGGCUGGUGGAGCCACUUGACCGGAGAUGGCAUGUUCUGGGAUUGGGAUAUGACUUGGACAUUGAUGAUAGGUUGAUAGAGAGUGCAGCUGUCGUGCACUAUAAUGGUAAUUUGAAGCCAUGGCUAAAGUUGGCCAUCAGCAGAUAUCAGCAUUUAUGGAAUCGGUAUGUGAAUUCCACACAUCCAUAUCUUAAAGAGUGUAUGAUGCAUUGAAGCAUGACAGUUUCACUCGAUUCUUCUUUGAUGUUAUCUCAAUUUCUCAUUGUCAAGUUAAAAAGUUUCAGCUUGAUGGUCGUCAUUUUGAAGUCUUAUUUAUUUUUUGAAGAAAGUCAUGUACACGAGAAGGCAUCAGCAGUAUCAUUGUCAUAUCUGUGGGUAGAAUUUAUUUUGGAAGAUGCAAUAAGUUCAUUGUUAGAUCUUACAUUUCUUUGUACCUCAAAUUUUGGUAAUUGAAUCAGAUAAUCGGACAGCACAGCAAUUGUCAAACAGAGGUUCACUAGGAUCAGUUCUUAGAUCUCUGGAAAACUGAAAAAGUUCUCUAUAUGAAUUUGACUGACUCUUUUGUUUAUAUAGGAUUGCAGUUUCUAUCAGCAUGUUUGGCUACAACAACUGGAUAUCGUGUCUUAUUAAAAUGAUAAUUUUAUUUUUCGGAAGCUUAAAGUCCGGCAGACAUUAAAUUGGGACAAUGCUUAGAGUUAGAUUUAUAAAUCAUUUCUUCAGAGCU